AUGUCAGGCCUCGAUAACCAUGAAAAGUCGGGCUACAACAGUGGCAGCAGCGACGAUGGCUCUCAGCGAGGAGUGGCUGUCUUUGAACGCCCCACUGGAAUCAAAGGAUUCUAUCACCAUCCAGUGACCCAAGUCGUUAUGUUAGGCUUUGUCUGCUUCAUGGGUCCAGGAUUGUUUAAUGCUCUGAACGGUCUCGGCGCAGGAGGGCAAGUCGAUGCUACAACCAGUGCUAACGCGAAUGCGACAUUGUAUGCUACUUUUGCCGCAGGAGCCUUCUUCUCUGGCACCGUCAAUAACAUUCUUGGCUCUCGUAUUACCCUCUUACUCGGCACCACUGGUUAUUCACUCUACAUCGGAGCGUUUUUGGCAAUGAACAUCCACCCACAUGCAGGCGCGUUCGUGAUUACGGCAGGUGCUAUUCUGGGCAUUUGUGCAGGACUGUUGUGGACUGCUCAAGGGUCCCUGAUGAUGGCCUACGCGACUGAGAGCCAGAAGGGCAAAUUUAUUGGUAUAUUUUGGGCCAUCUUCAACGUAGGCGCUGUUGUUGGCGCAGCUGUGUCUCUUGGCCAGAAUUUCCAUUCCACGAUCGGAUUCCUUAUUCUUACCUUGAUUGGUGUCUGUAUUCCCCUCUUUAUGGUCAAUCCCGAAAACAUGAUCCGCACCGACGGGACAAAAGUAACCACUCCCCGUCACCCAUCGUGGAAGACCGAGAUUUACGGACUAUGGAUGACUCUGGUGAAAGACCCGAUGAUCAUUCUGCUCUUCCCCAUGUUCUUCGCAUCGAAUUGGUUCUACGCGUGGCAAUUCAAUGACUUCAAUAAUGCUUUCUUCAACAUCCGAGCCCGCUCUCUCAAUAACUUGGUCUACUGGCUUGCUCAAAUUGUCGGAUCGCUUGCUAUUGGUACCCUUCUUGAUCAAAAAAUUCUUUCUCGACGCACUCGCGCCUUUUCAGGAUGGGUUAUUCUUUUCUUGAUGACGUUUAUUGUGCACAUUUGGGCAUACUUCUAUCAAAAGCAAUACACCAGAGAAAGCCUUCCACCUGACUCUACAAACAAGAUGGAUAUCUUCGACCAUGGUUACGUUGGACGAAUCUUCCUCUAUAUUUUCUGUGGUCUUCUCGACGCUAUGUGGCAGACCACUGCCUACUGGAUUAUGGGUGCCAUGUCCAAUGACCCUGCCAAAUUGGCAUACUUCGCUGGAUUCUACAAAUCCAUUCAGUCUGCAGGAGGUGCUGGAUCAUGGAGAGCUGAUGCUGUGAAGACUCCCUUCAUGAACAUGUUCAUCUCCACCUGGGUGCUCCUCGUGGCCGGACUUGUCUUUGCUCUCCCCAUGAUUCACCUUCGAGUCAAAGACCACACUGAGCUCGCAGACGAGACUCUCCUCCGCAUGGAUGAUUCCGGAAGGAUUCUUGACCCUUCGCAAGUGCCUCGGGAGAGGAGGGUAGCAGUUGCAGCUGAGAAUUAG